AUGAGGGGCUGUUUACAGCAACGCACACAGGUUGUAGACGCUGCGUCCCUUCCGCUAGCUGGUUGUCAGGGUUGCGCGAGGGCUGCCUACGGCCCGGCGCCGGCUGCCGCUGGGUGGACGAUGGGGCUGAGCGAGCGGGAGCGGGCCGGGUGUCGGGUCCUGCUGGAGCAGAUGGCGACGGACGAGCUGAUGGCGCUGACGGACACGAUCACCAACCGCCUGGUGCUGCCGCAGAGCCGACAAGAAGCCAUCCAUGCAAUUUUAGUUUACAGUCAAAGUGUAGAAGAACUCUUGAAACGAAGAAAAGUCUAUCGAGAAAUAAUUUUUAAAUACCUGGCAAAAGAAGGAGUUGUGGUGCCACCUUGUUCAGAAAAACACCAGCUCAUUCAUCACGCAAAGCAAUACUGGAGUGGGCAGCUGACAGAUCGUGUUGCAGAGACAGAGGAUAUUAAUCUAAAUAAACAGAGCUAUGAACAGAAACAAAAACAACAGGAAGAGAAUGAUUGGCACAGACUAGGAAGAGAAUUCUGUCAGUGGUUCUUUGAACUUCUCAACUCUCAGCAUCCUUUGGGGGGACAAUCCAAAGAACAGUGGGGACCACAGCAUUUCUGGGAGGAUGUCAAACUGAAAUUUUGUUACAACACAUUAGAAAAAAACAUGGAAGAAUACGUUGGUGCAGAAUUGGUGAGCCUCCGUUUACUCUCAUUGGUGAAAGAGGAGUAUCUCUUACUGAACCCCAACUUGGGUGCUGGUGGACUGAAGUGUGUAAUUUCUCCACAUGGGUUAGUAGUGGUGGCGGUAGCUGGCACAGUACAUAGAGGCAACAUUUGCUUGGGCAUCUUUGAACAAAUCUUUGGACUCAUCCGCUGUCCAGUUAGCGAGAAUACCUGGAAAAUAAAAUUAGUGAACCUUAAAAUAGUUGGAGAAAAUGCUCUGGAGCCUGGGACACAAGUGCAAAAGCCUUCCAUAAAAUAUGAAUCGAAUGAACUGCAAGAGCUAUAUGAUGGGAAAGAACUGAGCUUGGUUGAACCUCAAAUUCUGAGCAAUGUGCGUACAGAAUUGGGAGAAUAACAAUUGUUUGAAGAACAAUACAGCAGUUGUGCAUUCUUGAAUGUUUAAAUGACUUCAGACUUGU